AUGGGUGACUUAUUAUCCAAAGCAAAUAAUUAUCAAGACCCUGAAUUCAUGAAUUAAUUCUAAGCCGAAUACAUUUUCCUUUAAGACCAUAUAGACCACCGUUUAGGCCGGGUUAAAAUAUACUAAGGAAAAUAGGAAAAUUAUAUAGCCGUAAAAAAAGUAUUCGCUCAAUAAAAAGACUAAUUUAAACAAUAUAUAGAAAAGACUCUUUUAAAAAACAUAUAAUUUAAUAACCAUUUUUUGAUAAAAUUGUAUACUUUCCAAACUCAUUAAGAUGACUCUUUUUGUAGUUAAGUAAACGAUAUAGAAAUAUAUUUAGAAUAUUACGUAAAUACAGUCUAAGAAGAGAUUUAAAGACGUAUAUAAGUAAAUCUCCCAUACAUAGAAUAAGAAAUUUGGACUAUAUUAUAUUCAAUAAUAAGCGCUGCUACUUAUUUAGAAAGUAAAAACCUAUCCCUAAACGACAUUAGGCCUUAGAAUGUAUAUUUUACAACACGAGGUGAAAUAAAACUAAUUCCUUUUGGUAUGUUUCCAGAAGAUUAAACUGCUUUUUAAAAAUAUAUGAAUUUAAACGAACCUUGUCUUUUAUCCCCUGAAUAACUACACAAAUUAUAUACUAAAUAAUUUAACUUAAAUAUAGAUUAGAAUAAAAGUGAUGUUUUUUCAAUAGGAAUGACUAUACUAUAUUGCAUGAUGUUAUAGGGAAGUUCGGUAUGUUAUGAUUAUGAAAACUGCGAGAUUAAUAAAGAAGUUUUAUAUAAUUUAAUUUAAUAUUCUUCCUAAUAAUAUUCAAAUUUUCUCUUACAUAUAAUAACCCUUAUGUUAUAGGAAAAUCCACAAGAAAGACCUUUUUCAAGCACUAUCCAUGCCAUGCUUUAGCCUUUUGAAAUCGAAAUUAUGUCUUUGUAACCUUUUAAUCCUGAUAGUAUGUUAAUGAAAUAGUCUUUGUUAGUAAAUGGAUAAGCUAAGAAUAUGAUUUAGAGUAAAAUAUUUCCAGGAGAACAUACUAAUAUAGGUGUUUCUUAGGUUAUAUAGUAAUAAUAAUAAGAAUUUUAUAAUAAUAAUAAUAGUAUUAUGAGAAAUUCUUAUAUAGGAAACAAAUAAGGAAUAAAUGAUUUGGAAAAUAGUAAUUAUAACUAAGGAAAUAAUACUUUUAAUUAAGGAAAUUAUUUUUAAAAUGUUGGCAUUAAUUAAUUUAAUUAAUAAAACAAUAAAUUAAUAAAUAAUAAUAAUUAAAGAAAUAAUUCUUACAAUUAAAUUAAUCAUUGCUUUUAUCAAUAAUAAAAUAAUAAUUUCGAUAAAAAAUAUAAUGAUAUAUAUAAUUAAAAUAGCUAUUCUUUCAAUAAUAAUAAUGAAAUGCAUAUAUAAGUCAAUUAAGCAAUAUAAAGAACGCAUUAAGUAUUAGGAAAUAGAUUAUAUGAAUGA